AUGAGAGAUGGAGGGACGCGGGGGCGGGGCGAGUCCUCAGGAAGCGAGCCCCUCUGCGGCGCUGCCGGCGGGCGGUCAGCGGAAGAGAGAGAAACAGAAGCCAAGAGAAAUCCAAUGCUUGGCCACAGAAUCAAUGCUAGUUCAGUGAUGGAGCCUAGCUUCUCUCUCCGUGAUGGCAGGAUUCUCCAGACAAAAGGCAGCCUGGUGAACUUUCCCCAAUGGAGUUUCAGGCCUCGUUCUCUGCAGGCUCUUUCUGCCUUUCCCCGCCAAUGUCUCAGGUUACUGAGAGGUUUUUUGUCUCACCUCCCCUUCCAGUGCUGGCAUGCAGACUCUGCAGCUCAGAUUCAGACCAGGAUUUAUAUCAUCAGCCCUUCUGCUUCCCAAGCUUUCAGACUCAUCCUGGGACUUAACAUCAUUGGCUCUCACAUCUUCAGGUUUUGUUUGGAACUAUAUCAUCAAUACCACUGGAGCCUCCAACUUGCUAACAGCAGAUUACAGAAUUUCUUGGCUUCCACAGUCAUGUCUUCUCUCAGCUUCCAUUUCUUCAGCUUCAAAGAGAUAAGGAAAACCAACAUCUUUUCAAUCUCAGACAGAAUAUGUGGCUCAAAUUACAAUGAAGAACAGCCUAUUCUAUGGAAAAAAUUAUGCCGACAAUAUCAAAAAGGAAGUCAAUAUGAUGACACUAAGUGAAAUGGCAUUUGUGAUGGACUCGAAGCUAAAAAAAUAAAGUUAGAAUAGUUGAUGUUUGCUUUGGCUUCUCCAUAAGUUAGAGAAAUGAAAUCUGUUUUCUCUGGAAGAUUCUGAUGAAAGUAGGAUUUUUAUUAAGUUUUAGAAAAGUCUUAAGGCAAGGAUGAAUUCUCUGAUAGUUGCUCAAAUAUUUCCUGAAUAUUAUCACUUUCAAGAGACUGGUGCUUUGAUGAAUGUGUCUGUCACCCUAAGAGAUGCCAUGUAAGGUAUAAUAAAUAAAACAGAGCCUGCAUAUUUAGUCUUCUAUGGAGAAUACAGAACAAAAAAGUUCAA